AUGUGUGCCGCUCCACUCACGGCGGCAGCCGCCCGUGCGGCGGCAGCCCCUCGCUCAGUGUAUGCCUUCUCUGCGCGCCCGCUGGCAGGCGGGGACCCUGUAAGCCUGGGGUCGCUGCGGGGCAAGGUGCUGCUCAUCGAGAACGUGGCGUCGCUCUGAGGCACCACGGUCCGGGACUACACUCAGAUGAACGAUCUGCAGCGGCGCCUCGGUCCUCGGGGCCUGGUCGUGCUCGGCUUCCCGUGCAACCAGUUUGGGCAUCAGGAAAACGCCAAAAACGAAGAAAUCCUGAAUUGCCUCAAGUACGUGCGACCAGGCGGUGGGUUCGAGCCUAACUUCACACUUUUCGAGAAGUGCGAGGUGAAUGGCGCGCAGGCGCACCCUCUCUUUGCCUUCCUGCGGGAGGCCCUGCCUGCGCCCAGCGACGAUGCCGUUGCACUUAUGACUGAUCCCAAGCUUGUCAUCUGGUCUCCAGUGUGCCGCAAUGACAUCUCCUGGAACUUUGAGAAGUUUCUGGUGGACCGCGACGGUGUGCCUGUGCGCAGGUACAGCCGCCGCUUCCCAACCAUCGACAUGGAGGCUGACAUCGAGGCCCUGCUGUCCAAGGAGCCCACCUGUGCCUAG